GGGAGGGGGCGCGGCGUCGGUGAAGUCCGGCGCUCCCUCAGGCCGUGGAGGCGAUGCUGGCUGCUGCGGGCCAGGCGGCUGGGCGGGCGGGGAUGUGACGGGACAGCCUCGUGUCUCUCUUCCAUCCUCCGGCCGGCGGGUCGCUGGGCGACCCGCAUCCGGGCCGCUGCCGAGGAGGCAGCGCGACCUCUGCACGAUUCUGUCAAGUUUUAAGAACCAAUGCACCUUAUAGCCCAUGGAAGAAAAAACACAAAUCAAGACAUUUUUGGGUUCCAAGCUGCCAAAGUAUGGAACGAAGUCUGUGAGAAGUGCACUGCAACCAAUGCCAAGUGGGGCCACUGUGACUUUAUUAGGGACUUCCAAGAGUAGCAACGUCAAGAAUUACAUCAAAAAUAAUGGCUCUGAUUGUUCGUUGUCCCAUUCAUUUAAUUGGAGAAAAACAAAUAAAUACCAACUUGGUUCACAAAAUACAGCAGAACUUAAUAAUACUCAGAGCACACACGACAGACUAGUUGACCCUGGACAGCAUGCUCCUGCUCCAGGAACGCUUGAUAGGGAUGGGAUAGAGGGAGGUUUGAAAAGUGCUUCCUUCUUCACAUCCAAGUUAGCAAGACCAUCAACCAUGUUUGUGUCAUCUGCAGAGGAGGUAAAUCAGAAAUCUUUUUCUGGACCUUCUAAUUUGGGUAAAUUCAAAGGCACAUUACUAGGAAGGACUUCAUAUUCUUCGGUCACUGCAAAGUCGCAUUUGAAUACGUUUUACGGGAACCGGCCUGCUGGUAGCAUGCAGAAGCCAAGAGUGAGCUCCUGCGCCAGCAGAAGCAGUUCCGGAGAAAGCUUAGCACAGUCCCCAGACAAUACUAAAGCUAUCACUUGUGAAAAAAUGGUAAGGUCACAAAGUUUUUCACAUUCCAUUCAGAAUUCCUUCCUUCCACCUUCAUCUAUAACCCGAUCACAUUCCUUCAACAGAGCUGUUGACCUUACAAAGCCUUAUCAGAACCAACAGCUACCCGCUCGAGUGCCUCUCCGGUCAGGUAUGCUGGCGAGAAGUUCCCGGCAGUCGGAAGUACUCAAUGGGAACGAACACUUGGGGUUUGGUUUUAAUAGGCCUUAUGCUUCCGGUGGAAAGAAACUGGCUUUAUCAAAUGGCCCAGGUGUGUCUUCCUCAUUGGGCUAUAGGAUGGUUCAUCCCUCUCUACUGAAAUCUAGCCGACCUCCAUUUUCUGGGACUAUGACAGUUGAUAGUAAUAAAAACCCACCUGCUGACAUGUGUGUAGAGGAGGAAGGUAUCAUUUCAGCCACGGACAGCUCUACUGGUAAGGACCAAGAACUAAUUGAAAAUGAAAGUUACCGAACAGACAAUGAUCAGACUAUGAAGCAGGAUUCUAAAAUUAGGUACCUGAGUGAUGAUGUGGAUGAUAUUUCUUUGUCCUCUUUGUCAUCGUCUGAUAAGAAUGAUCUAAGUGAAGAUUUCAGUGAUGACUUUAUAGACUUAGAGGACUCCAACAGAACCAGAAUAACUCCAGAGGAAAUUACUCUCAAAGAAGAGAAGCAUGACAAUGGACCAUCAAAGGAUAUAUUUGAUUCUCCUAAGGAAAACGAACAGAUCUUCAGUAAACCCGAUGAAUGGAUAGAUAUAAGUGUCUCUGACAGGAGUGAAUGUACAAAGCAUACCUCCGGAAAUAACUUGAUUUCACCAGAUACGGAUUACAGAGCUGGGUCUUCAUUUGAACUCUCUCCGUCUGACAGCUCUGAUGGAACAUACAUGUGGGAUGAAGAGGGCCUGGAACCCAUUGGCAGCGUCCAUCCUGUUGGCAGCUAUGAGUCCUCCGAAAUGAACAGCAUAGACAUUCUGAAUAAUCUUGAAUCAUGUGACCUUGAGGAUGAUGACCUUAUGCUGGAUGUGGAUUUGCCGGAGGACACACCUCUUGAAAAUGUGGAGUGUGACAAUAUGAACCGCUUUGACCGAUCAGACAGAAAUGCACGACAGUCGCAGGACGGAUUUUGGAAAAGACCACCCCAGAGGUGGAGUGGACAGGACCAUUACCACCUUAGCCAUCCUGACCACUACCACCACCACGGGAAAAGUGACUUGAGCAGAGGCUCUCCUUAUAGAGAAUCCCCUUUGGGUCAUUUUGAAAGCUAUGGAGGGACGCCCUUUUUCCAGGCUCAGAAGAUGUUUGUAGGUGUGCCAGACAGCACAGUGAUACUGGAUGAGAUGACCCUCCGGCACAUGGUCCAGGACUGCACAGCUGUAAAGACACAGUUACUGAAACUCAAGCGCCUGUUGCAUCAGCAUGAUGGAAGUGGAUCACUGCAUGAUGUUCAGCUGUCAUUGCCAUCCAGUCCGGAGCCGGAAGACAGCGAUCAGAUAAAUAAGAAUGAAGAUUUAUUAAAUGAAAUAAAACAACUUAAAGACGAAAUAAAGAAAAAAGAUGAGAAAAUUCAACUAUUAGAGCAUCAGCUUGCAACCCGGUGUAACUGCCACCAGAAAUCUAAAGAGGACAAGUGUACAUAUGCUGAUAAAUACACCCAGACACCAUGGAGAAGAAUUCCUCCUCAAGUACUACAGCCUUCCAGCAGCCUUCCCAGACGUACAGACCACGCCCAGGGAAAACUAAUCAAGCCACAACAUAUCGAGGCCCACAGUGAAUAUGCAGUCCAAGGUAUGUGUCAGGGCGGUGCACAUCCCGACGAAGGCUUUGCACAGGGCCUGCAGCAAGAGAAGAGCUAUGACUUGGAAGAGCGUCCUUCUUCGCUGAGCCCACAGUUGACAGCGGAUGUGGAGAAGGACAUAGCUUCUGAAAUGAACCCGAGCAUGACUGUGAAUGCUCAAGAGCCUUAUCAUUUGGCAAAGAAUCAAACUAGUGACAUGCAGCUUGUAAAGACUCCUCCUCAGACAGCUUCCCAGUCAAGUACCGUGGACCAGACUAAGAGGGUUGAAAGAAACCAGUCUCCUCAGCCCAAGUCCUCACAACUUUUAAAGCCAUCCAUCUUGAGUUCUUCAGCACCUCCUCCAGAUUCCUCAUUAAGUAGGACUUCCACAUGUAAGAAGGCAUCAGUAAUCACACCAUGCAAUUCAAAACUUCAGCUGACAUCUAAUCAAAACAAUCUUGCAAACCAUUUGAAUCUGAAAACAUCUAAACUUCGUCCCCCUUCUGGCUCUUUCAAACAAAAACAAAUAAGCAAUCCCCAACUAGAGCCUCAAAACUUCCAGGCCAAGAGAAGCAUCCCAAGGCCGUUAGCACGACCAAAAGAACUGCAUCAUUCACACAGCAGUUUGCAUUCUGGGGAUUGUGUGGCCUCUAAUCGAUAUUCUCGUCUUCCUAAACCAAAGAUGCAUUAAGCGCAUAGCCAUCACCUGCCAAUCUGUUCUUUGAAAGCAGUCUGCUCUGUAAUAGCUUUAUGUGCAAUUUAUUACUAUGUUGGAGGUUCCAUUACAGCAAAUCUUAAAAUUAAAAUGCAGAAGCUUCUACUAGUUUGGCUCUUCCAUUCUAUGUCCUGGUUGAAUUAUAUACCCUUUGCACAUACUUGUCUCAGGUAAACACAAGUUUACUUAUCCAUCUCCAGAGGCCCAGGUCCCUACUCACACUAUCCAGCCCUCUCUCUGCAUACCAGAAAAGUCAGAAUAUUCCAUUUUUCAGGCAAAACAUGUACAUUGCUGAUUUAGUCUUGUUGUGGUCUGUAAUAACUGUGGUUAUCAGAACCCCACUCCUUUGCUUAUUCAUCCUGUGACUGUGGCUGCUAUUUGAACUAAAGAUCCAGAGUGAGGAUGGAAGAUGGCUGUCCUUGAGCAGGGUUCUGGCCAGUGGUUUGUAUAUUUAUGAGGUCUAUGCAAAAGCUGUCCAAUGAAUAAAGAAAAGACCAGGCUUCUAGUAAGGGAGUCCUUACUGAUUUUUUCUCUCCUUUCUAGGAUCAAUGAUCCAGUUCUACUGUUUCUCCACUUAUCAGACAAAUUUCC